GUAAUUGACAUGAGUCUUUUCACAAGUCAAACUGUGAAACUCUCAAGUUCUCGUAGAAAUGGCGUCAAAAGCCCUUUCAAGAUUGUCCAGUCUUCAAAACCAUUUGAACCCGAAAGGUUUAGUGAAGCUUUCGGAUGAGGUGAGUGAUGCUUUAUCCAGUGGCCAAGCUGUUGUUGCUCUUGAAUCCACCAUUAUUUCCCAUGGGAUGCCGUACUCAAAAUUGGAAACUGCAAAGGAAGUGGAGGAAAUUGUUAGGGAAGGAGCAGUUCCUGCAACGAUUGCUAUUUUAGAUGGCGUGCCAUGUAUAGGUUUGAGUAUUGAAGAGCUGGAAAGGCUUGCUAAGUUAGGAAGUAAAGCACAAAAGACAGCUCGGGACAUUGCUCAUGUUGUGAGGAAUGGUGCUACUACUGUUUCUGCAACCAUGUAUUUUGCAUAUUCAAUAGGUUGCAUCCCUGUAUUUGUUACUGGGGGAAUCGGAGGUGUACACCGGAUGGAGAGAGAGUAACUGGAUAUAUCCUCAGAUCUUACAGAGCUUGGAAGAACUCCAGUAGCAGUCAUCUCUGCUGGUGUAAAGUAUUUAGAUAUUCCAAGGACCCUUGAGUAUUGGUACUUACCAGAAACUCAGGGAGUGUGUGUUGCUGCUUAUAAAACUCAUGAGUUCCCAGCUUUUUUCACUGAAACUAGUGGCUGCAAGGUGCCUUGUCGUGUUGAUAGCCCACAAGACUGUGCUCGGUUGAUAGAUGCAAACCAGAAGCUUAAGCUUGGAUCUGGAAUCUUGAUUGCCGCGCUACCAAAAGAACACAACAGCAUCUGGAAACUUAAUGAGUCAGCAAUACAGUCUGCCCUUAGAGAAGCGAGGUCAAAGAAGAUAACAGGAAAUGCUGAGACUCCUUUUGCUUGCAAGAGAGAACUAACUGGAGGAGUGUCACUCGCUUCAAGUAUCCUUUCUCUUAUUAUAUUGAAUAAUACAGUAUUAAUUUACAUCUUUGCACAUAAUUGGUGUUUUAGUGCAUGGAGCAGCUGUGCGUGUGAACUUUUUACUGGCUAGGAACAGAAAAUAAUUUUAUACUUAAUAGA